GCGGAGCUAGCAGGCUAAAUCACUCCGCUGCCGACCACCCUGGGGAAGUUGUCUCCGUCUCUCUGUGUGUGUGUGUCUGUGAGAGGAAAAGGUUUUAACGCACAGAGUCGGUUCGCCGGGCGGGUUCCACCAUGGAGAAUCCCAAGUUACGCGCUUUCUACAACUUGUUUUGGUGCGUUUUCGUAGCCUAGCCGCGAAGCUAACACCCGUUAGCUUAGCAUCGCUCUGUCCCCCCCACCCCCCCACGACAACAUAAAAAAGCAGCCCAGCCUCAUCUGAGCCUCGUUGGACGGCAGCAGUUUCUCACUUUACUCCCUGGUUUAUUUUGACAGCCAAACCCUCAAAAUGUCAAUCCUGGGUCUAAAGAAGAAACAGCCCAAGACUUUCAAAGUCAAAGUUAUCACCAUGGACGCCGAGAUGGAGUUCAGCUGUGAGGUGAAGUGGAAAGGUAAAGACUUGUUCGACCUGGUGUGUCGCACUGUCGGUUUGAGGGAGACCUGGUUCUUUGGACUCAGAUACACAGUGAAGGACACGUACGCCUGGCUGAAACCAGACAAACGGGUGUUGGACCAGGAGGUUCCCAAGGACUCUCCCAUAACAUUUAGUUUCCUCGCCAAAUUCUUCCCAGAAAAAGUAGAAGAGGAACUGGUCCAAGAAAUUACUCAGCACCUCUUCUUCUUACAGGUGAAAAAACAGAUACUGGAUGAAGAGAUAUUCUGUUCCCCUGAAGCAUCGGUUCUCCUGGCAUCAUACGCUGUCCAAGCCAAGUACGGCGACUAUGACCCAAACUUUCACAAGCCAGGCUUCCUGGCACAAGAUGAGCUUCUGCCAAAAAGGGUUCUGAUGCAAUAUCAAAUGACAGCUGACAUGUGGGAGGAGAAGAUCACAGCUUGGUACGCGGAGCACAGAGGCAUCGCCAGGGAUGAGGCAGAGAUGGAAUACCUGAAGAUCGCUCAGGACCUUGAGAUGUAUGGUGUCAGCUACUUUGCCAUCACUCAAAAUAAAAGGGACACCGACCUGUUACUUGGAGUGGAUGCUCAGGGUCUUCACAUCUACAGCCCCAACAGCAAACUCAACCCGAACAAGUCCUUUCCCUGGAGCGACAUCCGCAACAUCUCUUACAGUGAAAAGGAGUUCACAAUCAAACCCCUGGACAAGAAGAAAGAUGUCUUCAAGUUCUACUCAUCUCAACUACGUGUGAACAAGCUGAUCCUACAGCUGUGCAUCGGUAACCAUGAUCUAUUCAUGAGGAGAAGGAAGGUGGACUCUAUUGAAGUGCAGCAGAUGAAGGCUCAGGCUAAAGAGGAGAAGGCCCGAAAGAAGAUGGAGCGUCAGAUCCUGGCACGGGAAAAACAGAUGAGGGAGGAAGCAGAACGUGCAAAAGAGGAGAUGGAACGAAGACUUUUCCAGCUACAAGACGAGGCGCGACUUUCCAAUGAGGCACUGCUGCGAUCUGAGGAGACCGCGGACCUGCUGGCAGAGAAGGCCCAGAUUGCUGAAGAGGAGGCGAAGCUCCUGGCCCACAAGGCUGCAGACGCUGAGCAGGAGAGACAGAGGUUAGAGGUCACCGCCAUGAAGACCAAGGAGGAGAAAAGACUGAUGGAGCAGAAGAUGAGGGAGGCAGAGCAGCUGGCUGUCAAACUGGUGGAGCAGUCCGAGAGGAGGUUGAAGGAGUCCGAUCAUCUGAAACAGGACCUGACGGAGGCGAAGGACGCUGAGCGGAGAGCCAAGCAGAAGCUGCUGGACAUCACCAAAACCACUUACCCUCUCAUACCAGCGUACUCUGCUCCACCUGCUCCUCCCGAAGCAACCGACUUCUCCUAUGAGUCAGCAUCCACACGUCUCGACUUCAAGGACUCUGACAUGAAACGUCUGUCCAUGGAGAUUGAGAGAGAGAGGCUGGAGUAUAUGGAGAAGAGCAAACACCUGCAGGAUCAGCUGAAGGAGCUAAAGACCGAGAUCGAGUCGCUGAAGCUGGAGGAGCAGCAGCAGCAGGCCGGACUCUACAGCCUCCAGAGUGAGGCGAGGGGAUACGUUCAGGAGCCGGUCUACUUACCUCACAGCAACAGAAACUCUGCGUACAUGUCUCAGAUGGCCUACUUUGAAGAAGUCUGAUCCUAAUCCUUCACGAUGACGAGGGACGUGGACACCAGCUGAUGUGAUUCGCUAUUUUCUUAGGUUAUUUUUUUUACCUGGCUGAAACUAACAGACACAAACAUACACGCAUC